GUGUGUGGGGGUUGGACUUGUAAGAAAAUGGUGAAACAGACUUCUCUCACUGCUCACUCACACUUCAUCAUCUUCCUGCUCUCUGAACUUUUUAAAAAGUGGGCUGGUGAUCUGUCCAGGGUGUAGCCUGCCUUUCGCCUGCUAAUUACCAUGAUAAGCUCCAGUUCCACAGUUGUCACGUCUGCUCCAUCUGCUCCAUCUGCUCCAUCUGCUCCGUAUGCUCCGUAUGCUCCAUAUGCUCCGUAUGCUCCGGCUGCUCCGUAUGCUCCGGCUGCUCCGUAUGCUCCGGCUGCUCCGUAUGCUCCAUAUCCUCCGAGCAUGCCUGUCCAUCAGUCAGUCCAGAUGGUGUCAGUCACCACCAGUCAAGGUCCUGGAAGAUGGAGCACCGGCCUCUGCGACUGCUGCUCUGAUAUGGGCACCUGUUGCUGUGGUUAUUGGUGUUUCCCCUGCAUGCAGUGUGAGACAGCCGGUAGACAUGGCUGGUGCUGCUGCAUGCCCCUCCUAGAUGUCUGCUGUGUGGUGUCCUGCGUACUCCGCUCCUCCAUCAGAGAGCGCCACGGCAUCCCUGGCUCAUGCUGUGAUGACUGCUGUACACUCUGUUGGUGCUACGUAUGUGCCUGGUGCCAGAUGAAUCGCGAGGUGAAGAUCAGGACCAGAUAUCAGCCAUCGACCACGUCAGUGGUCACCACACAGGUCGUCAGGGCAUAAGAUUAAAAAUGUCGUGGUCGUAUGUUGACGACAUACAACAUGUUUAACAAGUGGAUCAUUUCUGUUUGGAUUUUUGUAGUUAUUAGGUGAUAGACAAAACAUUUUGUUUCAAACAUAUAUUUUAAUAAGUGUCAGAGGGACUAUUAGACUUCUGCUUUCCAGUUUGUAAUAUCAGUAGUUUUAUAGAUUUUCUAUAGAUCAAUUUGAAGCUUCAUGAGCAAUUAAAUAAAAUAAAGUAUUUUUAAUUGGGUUAAAUGUAAUGUUUACUUUAAGAUUGUAACUUCUUAUAAAAUGUUAAAAGUGUAACUUUUGAGAAAAAUGGGUCUUUGAGUUUGACGCUGAUUUAGUAGUUGCAGUUUCCAGACAAUUUCUGUCACGUACCAGGAGAUUGGACUCAUAAAUUAUCAGGAACACAGGGAUAGGUGAUGGAGUUUUAUUGAACAGAUAACAAAAGUGCAGGAUAAUACAGGUACUGACGGUUAUUAGAGAGUCCGGGUGAUGGAAAGCUGCGGCAGGUGCUUCCGUGAACACUGACAGAGCGACAAAGCCAAGUCCGUGAUCUAAAGGCGAGGUCCAGAGAGCAAUUCAGAGGUCAGUAUCCAGGGAAUCGAAUAAUUAAUCAAAAGGCAGGAGUUACCAGUCAGGGAGCGGGCAGAGGCAGAAGUCCAGGUUCGUAAAUACAUGUCGACGGCGGACAGGCAGGCAGACAAGGCUGAGCAUCAAUAAGGGAGCGGGCAGAGGCGAAUAUCCAGGUACCGGAACACAGGGUCGACGACAGGCAGGCAGGCAGGUAAUACUGGGAAACAGACAGGAAACAGAGGCUGGAUACGUGCAGGGUGAACCCGAGACGAUCUGGCCCAGAAGGGAUGUCAUAGACCAGUAUAAAUAGCGCUUGGCACAGGUGGAGCGCAUCAGCAAUCAAGCUGAAAACUGGCGAUGCGUUCGCGAACGGCUGGGAAAACCGAAUCCUAUCAACGGCGACGUGACAAUUUCAUCCUGAAAACUUUUUGUCUGGGGUCUGGAGGACCUGCUGCUCCAGUAACACAGUUGCGGUUUUACAAUCAUCCAGUAGAUGGCACUGUUGCAAAAACAAACAAACAACAAAAACAAACAAACAAAGAAAAACACCAGGGGUCUAGAUGUGCAGGGCCAGAUCUGCGGGUCUGAAUCUGUAGGUCUCCGGGUCUGCAGACACAUACUCGGCUCCUUGUCUCAUCUGUGACUCAGUAAAGGACAUGUUCUCAACCCAGAGUUAUUGUUUUUUCAAUCAGUGUUGAAGUGUGGAGUUUUUAUACAGGAAGAGUAGGAGGAAAAGGAUGUUUAUGCAAAUGGGAUAUUGUUACUGUAUUUAUACAGUUGUAUUAAAUUAAAGUUUGAGACAUGCUAUGCAGCACAUACGUAAAAAGGC